AUGGCAAAAAAAACUCCUACGACAAAAUGGAAAAAGGCAGUAAUUGUAGAAUGGCUGGUGUCUAAAGGUGAAGAAAUCGACCCUUCACAACUUAUCAAAAAUGAUCUCCUAGAAAUCAUCCAACGUUUAAAACCAAGAUACAGUGCAUACAUAAUUGACGAGAUAGCCAAAGAUUCCGAAAAGACGGUUUUGAGACUGCCCCCAUACCAUUGUGAGCUAAAUCCCAUCGAAUUGACCAUCGACGUCAAACAUCUGCUUCAUCAAGCCAUUGACAGAGUAAAACCAGAAGAUUGGCAGUCUUUCAUAAGACACGUGAAGGACGAGGAACAGAAGUUUUGGGAUGUUGACUUCAUUUGCGACGAGAUGAUAGAUAAACUCCUGCCCGAUCCGCGUCAUAUUUUAUCAAUUGGUGAAUCGACUGACUCAUCUGGUGACGAAGACGAUUCAUUUGAUUGA